AUCAGAGACCAAAAGGUUAAUAUUUAUUCGGAAUAGAAACCUUUUUCAGUAGAAGAUUCUUUUUUAUCGGCGUCCAAAAUAUCCGAAAUUCCGGCAUCCAAUUCCGUCAAAUUUCAUUCAAUGAAGUCAGACCCCCCCGUCGUUGAUAGAACCUCCGUCACCUUGAGGCUACAGCCACCGCCUCCGCAAUCUCAGCCGCCCAAAAUCAUUUUGGCUGACCUCAAUGUUGACCCUCCUGAUUCCGACGGCAAUGAUUCUGUACCCGUCGCUGCUGUGUCCCCUACAAGUUUCUCCAGGAUAAUAGCUGAUGAAAAUUUUCAGGAUAAGGUGAAAAAAGACAUAGAGGUUGCAGACACAGAAGGUAAACAAUUUAAAAAAAUGGGAAAAUGCCGUUCAAGAAUGGGUAAGUUAGAUUGUCCUCCUGACUGUAGUGGAGCUGAUGCAGAGCCUGAUCAUAAUGUUCAAGGUGUACCUUCGUCUCGGGAAGAAAAAGUUAGCAGCCUUAAAACUGGCUUGAUACACGUUGCACGAAAAAUGCCAAAGAAUGCACAUGCUCAUUUUGUGCUUGGCUUGAUGUAUCAAAGGAUGGGUCAGCCUCAAAAGGCAAUUCUGGCAUAUGAGAAAGCAGAAGAAAUUUUAGUUCGCCCCGAGGAAGAAAUAGAUCGGCCAGAGUUGCUUUCAUUAGUCCAGGUUCAUCAUGCACAGUGUAUUUUGCUUGGAACAUUGGAAGAUUGCAGUUCAGAUGAGGAAUUAGAUCCUGAAGAGCUUGAAAAUAUUCUUGCUAAACUUAAGGAGGCUGUGAAAUAUGAUGUUACGCAGGUGUCUAUUUGGAAUGCUCUUGGCAUAAUACUUCUUAGAACUGGUCGUUUGCAGAGUGCUAUAUCAGUUUUCUCAACUUUGUUGGACAUAUCCCCAGACAACUUGGAUUGCCUUGGUAAUCUUGGAAUUGCUUGUCUCCGGAGUGGGAAUUUAGAGCUUUCAGAAAAGUGCUUCCAAGAUCUGCUUCUAAAAGAUCAGAACCAUCCUACUGCUUUAAUCAAUUAUGCCGCCCUUCUCUUAUAUAAAUUUGGUUCAGUAGUUGCAGGUGCGGGGGCAAAUGCUCUUGAUGGAACUUCUGCAGAUCAAGUCAUUGCAGCCAAUGUGGCCAAAGAAUGUUUACUAGCAGCUUUAAAAGCANGAUAUGCGGUUGGAGUUCACCGCAUCAGGGAUGCAGAGAGGUCCCAGAAUCCCAAUGAGCAGCUUUCAUGGGCUGGGAAUGAGAUGGCCUCGAUACUAAGAGAAGGAGAUUCUACUUCAAUAGAGUCUCCAAUAGCAUGGGCUGGUCUUGCCAUGGUCCAGAGGGCCCAACACGAAAUUGUGGCAGGAUUUGAAAUAGAGCAUAAUGAAUUGGUGGAAGUCAAGGAGCAUGCAAUCUACAGUCUAAAGCAGGCAAUAGCUGAAGAUCCUGCCGAUGCUGCUCAAUGGCAUCAACUUGGCCUUCAUAGUCUUUGUUCCCAACAAUUUAGGAUGUCUCAAAUGUACCUCAAGGCUGCAGUUGCACGUAGUAAGGACUGCACGUAUGCCUGGUCAAAUCUUGGUAUUGCACUGCAACUGUCCGAGGAGUCUUCUCCAGCUGAAGAGGUUUAUAAACAGGCAUUGUCACUAGCUACAUCAAAACAAGCGCACACAAUAUUUUCAAACCUUGGGAACCUCUAUCGGCAGAUAAAACAGUAUGAACGUGCAAAGGCAAUGUUCACCAAAUCACUUGAACUGCAGCCUGGAUAUGCACCAGCUUUGAACAAUUUAGGUCUUGUAUGUGUUGCCGAAGGAAAAUGGGAAGAAGCCAAGAACUGUUUCAACAAGGCGAUCCUGGCAGAUCCGCUGCUUGAUGCUGCUAAAUCCAACAUGAUUAAAUCUUCUAGCAUGUUCAAGAUGCAUACCAGCAUGUCAUGAUGUCUCUGAUUCAUUGUAUGAUAAUUUGCCCCCCUGUAAUUAUUUUGUACUGGGGAAUGAUCAGCCAAAAGAAAAGGGAAAGAAAAAGAAGGAAGAGUAGAGAAUUGCAGAUUUUUAGAUUUAGAUAUCUAAGUUUUUGGACUUCAGUUUGGAUAACUUAGCUCCUUCUGCAGUGUUAGCAAAGUAGAGGUUUCUUUCUUUAAACUUAUGUCUCGUGCUAUUUCAUUUCCACAUGAUUGUACCUCCUGCGAUAGCUGUGACUAACGCCCCAGCAGUGGUCUCUGUUGAAAUAAUAGGGAAAUUGAAAUUUUACUACAAGGAAUCCUUGUUGAGGUUGAUA